AUGGCAUCACAGGCACAGGCAUACACAGCCAGUCUCGAUCAAACCCUACGAGAGCUCCAGCAACAAGUCCGCCAACAUGAGGAAGAGCUAGAAAGGCUUCGAUCAAAUGAACUGCGUCUCCCAGAGUCAGUGGCCGGUCAAACGCGGGUCGUCCAAGCAGCUCUCAAAGAGGUGACAGAGUCAGACCCCUUUCUCCCAUCAUCGGACUCUUUGCUACCGGCGCUGUUAGCUCUGCGUAGAACCCACCAAACGAUCCAAGAGUCAAAUAUCUAUCUUGAUUCUCAGCGCUCAACUCAUGAGCAGCUAUCGCGGCAGCUUGAAGCUGAUGAGUCGCGUCUCAAAGACCAAAACCUUCUUGGUGAUGCACUAACCGCGCGAAUACAAUCACUGCGCGAUGAAGUGGAUGCAAGCACCAAUGUUACUCCAGAAGAGGGCGCAAAGGAACGACUACAAGAGCUCGGAGCGAAAAAGAAGAACUUUGAUAGAGAUACUACCAAGCUCAUGAAAGUUCUGCUUCGAUUUAUCGCCAAUCAUUUGGCGCCUAUGCUGGCGGCGGAAGAGCUGGGUGGGCCAGUUGUUGGCGAUCUUAUGGACGUCGACGGAGGAGCUUUGGCUGCUGGGUUUAAUGCUCAAGGAAAGCUUAAAAAACCAAAGGAGGCUACCAACAAAGACGACAAGAGGCAGCGCAGGAUUGAUGAGAUCUGGGGUCAAGCGGCUGUUGAGGGAUCUGGACGCCAGAAUGAGGUCACAGCAGCAGCAACAGAAAUGAGGCAGCUCACAGAGGAGCUUCUCAACACUCUUUCUGAAGCUCAGGGCGAUAACUCGGCAUCCUACGUACAACUAUCGCGUGAAUCAGCGGCUGCACGAUUCUUGGUAAGAUCCAAAAUUGCGCAGUUUCACCCAAGAGAUGCGAUGAGGCUCAGACUGGUCGAUUUCGGACGGGAUCUCGAAACUUGA